AUGUCUGUGUGUUUGCCUGAAAGGCCUGCAAUGGCUGAAAGGGUUGCAGCGGCGACUAAUGGGAAUGCUGUGGGUAUUGGCAGUGGCGCCCUUCCUCCUCCUGCCCCUUAUGCUGCUCCCCCUGCUCCUUCUGCUGCUCCUUCUGCUGCUCCUUCUGCUGCUCCUACUGCUCCUCCUGCCGUCUUGUGUGGCAGCGCCAGUGCUGACGCGGCUGGCCCAUGCAUUCCCCUUCACUCUUCUGCUCCUCCUCUUGCUCCCCUUGCUCCUCGUCCUACUUUUCCUGCUCCUCCUGCUCUUCCUCCUGCUCCUGCUGCUCUUCCUCCUGCUCCUGCCGCUGCAUUCAAUCUGCAUGGGCAGCAGCUCAAGAGGAAAACGGAUUCUGCAGAGGCAGACGACUGCGGUGGCAUUGGCGGCGGUGGCAUGGGCGGCGGUGGCAUGGGCAGCGGUGGCAUGGGCGGCGGUGGCAUGGGCGGCGGCGGCAUGGGCGGCGGUGGCAUGGGCGGCAGCAUGGGCGGUGGGUUUCUCCGGCGAUAUGCGAGCGCAGACGCCCACUCACAGCAGUUCUUCAAGACCCUUAGCACGUAUAUCAGCCGAGGUCUUACAGGGGAGAUGGGGGAGGGCGCAGGGGGGGAGGGUGUGGGGGGGAGAGAGGGUGGGGUGGGUAGUGGGUGGCAAGGUGGGGCGGCGACAGGGGCGGCAGGGGCGGCGGAGGUGGAUUCUGGGAAUGUGAGCUUCAAGGAUUUUAUUCUGCGCAUGCCGUACGACAACGUGAAGAGAUUUUAUUCUGUGAGCGCCGCCCGGAUCGGGAGCGGGCGGUACGGCGUGAUUCGGCCUUGCACGCACCGAGCGACGGGGGUGAAGAUGGCAAUAAAGACGAUCAAGAAGGAACACAUGAAGUGCAAGGAGGAUGUGGAGGAUGUGCGAACAGAGGUGAUCAUUCUGGGUCUGCUGCGCGACCACCCGUGCAUCAUCAACCUGCAUGACGCCUUUGAGGAUGACAAGUACGUGCAUUUGAUCAUGGAACUUUGUGAAGGAGGGGACCUAUUCGACCGCAUCAAGCAGCGGGGGCAGUUCCCCGAGAGGGAUGCCGCCCUGCUGUGCCGCGGGCUGGCCGAGGCGCUGCUGCAGUGCGGGCGGCAAGGGGUGCUGCACCGCGAUGUGAAGCCUGAGAACAUUCUGCUACGGUCCAAGGAAUGCCACACGCGGAUCAAGUUGAUCGACUUCGGUGUAGCGGCCCUACACACGCCAGGUACCCUCAGGACAGACCGAGCAGGGACAGUGGAGUACACCGCACCAGAGGUGCUGGACCGAGCCUACGGCCCCGAAGCUGACAUCUGGAGCGCCGGAGUGGUACUGUACAUUCUGCUCUGCGGUUUCCCGCCUUUUUGGGCGGCGACUGACGCUGACCUUGAGCGCAAGAUCCGGACGGCGCAUGUGGAUUUCCGGCACCCGAGAUGGGCGGCGAUCUCGGACGGCGCCAAAGAUUUGAUUCUGCGGAUGCUGGAGCAGGAUCCGAGGAAGAGGAUAACUGCGCUGGAGAUUUUUGGUGAGCGGUGGAUAACAGCGCUGUUGAUUUAUCAAUCUGAGUUCCACGCGUGCGCUGUUAUCCUCUCUCUUCCUCCAAUCCUUCUCCAGCGCUGUUGA